GCGCUAUGGUUUGCUUGGUCUGAAUGGCUGCGGCAAGUCCUGCCUUCUCAAAGCAAUAGGGUGCAGGGAGCUUCCUAUCCCUGACCACAUGGAUAUAUACCACCUCAGCCAUGAGAUCGAGGCUUCAGACAUGUCUGCGCUUGGAGCCGUCAUUAGCUGUGAUGAAGAAAGGGUCAAGCUGGAAAAGGAAGCUGAAGUUUUGGCUGCUCAAGAUGAUGGCGGUGGUGCAGCUUUGGAGCGCGUAUAUGAGCGGUUAGAAGCAAUUGAUGCAUCCACCGCUGAAAAGCGUGCUGCUGAGAUUUUGUUUGGCUUAGGCUUUAACAAGCAGAUGCAGGCCAAGAAAACCAGGGACUUCUCUGGCGGUUGGCGCAUGAGAAUUGCUUUGGCAAGAGCUCUCUUCAUGAAUCCAACCAUCCUUUUGCUCGAUGAGCCUACCAAUCAUCUUGAUCUUGAGGCAUGCGUGUGGCUGGAAGAAACACUGAAGAAGUUUGACCGUAUACUUGUUGUGAUAUCACACUCCCAAGACUUCCUGAAUGGAGUAUGUACCAACAUCAUCCACAUGCAGAACAGGAAGCUGAAGCUGUACACUGGGAAUUUCGACCAGUAUGUCCAGACCCGAUCUGAGCUGGAGGAGAACCAGAUGAAGCAGUACAGGUGGGAGCAGGACCAGAUUGCGUCGAUGAAGGAGUACAUCGCGCGCUUUGGGCACGGGUCCGCCAAGCUGGCACGGCAGGCCCAGAGCAAGGAGAAGACGCUGGCCAAGAUGGAGCGCGGCGGGCUGACGGAGAAGGUGGCGAGGGACAGGAUCCUGACGUUCCGGUUUGCCAAUGUGGGCAAGCUCCCGCCGCCGGUGCUGCAGUUUGUGGAGGUGACGUUCGGGUACACGCCGGACAACCUGAUCUACAAGAAGCUGGACUUUGGGGUGGACCUUGACUCGCGGGUGGCGCUGGUGGGUCCCAACGGGGCGGGGAAGAGCACGCUGCUGAAGCUGAUGACGGGGGAGCUGGUGCCGCUGGACGGGCUGGUGCGGCGGCACAACCACCUGCGGAUCGCGCAGUUCCACCAGCACCUGGCGGAGAAGCUGGACCUGGACCUGUCUGCGCUGCAGUACAUGCUGAAGGAGUACCCGGGCAACGAGGAGGAGCGGAUGCGGGCGGCCAUCGGCAGGUUCGGGCUGUCGGGGAAGGCGCAGGUGAUGCCGAUGCGGAACCUGUCGGACGGGCAGCGGAGCCGGGUGAUCUUCGCGUGGCUGGCGUGGCGUGAGCCGCAGAUGCUGCUGCUGGAUGAGCCGACCAACCACCUGGACAUCGAGACGAUCGACUCGCUGGCGGAAGCGCUGAAUGAGUGGGACGGCGGGCUGGUGCUGGUGAGCCAUGACUUUAGGCUGAUCAACCAGGUGGCGCAGGAGAUCUGGGUGUGCGAGAAGCAGGCGGUGACGAGGUGGGAGGGCGACAUCAUGGAGUUCAAGGAGCACCUCAAGAGCAAGUCGGGCGGCAUGUCGGACGACUGAGCCGAGGCAUGUUUGUUACCGAGAGAGAUUUAUCUAUCUAUCUAUCUAUCUAGUAUGUUUAUUAGAGAGAGAGAAGAGGAUGCGUUUCGGCUGCUGGUUUAUUAGAAGAUGUAGUAUUUGAAUGAUGAAGUUAUCCAGUUGAUGCAUAUGACGGAUGAUGUUUUA